AUAUACCACACACCACUGACAGACUCCAUCACAAUCUUACACAAUAAACAUAAAUCACAGCUUUAACAGUUUUCAGUGCUUGUAGACAGAAUAAUUGUCAUCAGUCUCUCUGUGUAACAAUCACACCAUAUUCUGAAAAAGCAUUGAAGAGUCGACUCGGCCUAGCGUUUAGUCUCUUUAAGCUAACAGUAGUAAGGCGUGUUAAUGCACACAGAAUAAAGACAACCUGACUGAACUGAGAACAGAAGUCCUUCACUUCAUUUCUAAAACUUCCUUCAUAGGAGAGAGGGAUUUGGGAGUAAAAGAGAGAAAAACAUAACAAGAUCACGCAUCUUCCCAAAUCUACUGCGACAUAUCACAUGCUGUCGUAACCAAUAUAUAGACGCAGCAGAAAACACAUCAUUCUGUAAUCUGUUCAGUUUUUACAUUGAUAAAUGUCUGUGUUUUUAAUUAAAGGAAGUGGGAAUCUGAUAUUCUGUAUAUUCCUUUAUCUACUACAAUAACACAUAGAUAUAUUACAGAAUAUUUCACUAUAUAUUUAAAAUACACAGGGAGAAAUACACAAAUACUGACAUACUGUAUAUUGGUAAAGACAUGCAGGGAUCAGAAAAUAGUAUUUUCCAAUGAAUCACAAGAUAUUUCUCUUCCUUAAGGGUAACUAGCGGUAUAUUAGCACAAUGCUACAUGAUACAGAUUUGCUGUGUGUGAUGACUGAUUGUUGUCUAGUUUUCCUCUUUUUUAUUAAGACACACAUCAGCUGUGUUUUAACCAGAGUAACAGUUACUUUCACAUUUUCACAUGGAACAAUUCACAUUUGUAAUCAUGCAUAAAAUCUUCACACUGUUUUAUUUACUUUCACAGUGGACAUGUGAGUAUAAAUCCCUUUUCUCUGCUAGUGAUGUCUUGAUGCUGCAUGAAUAAUAUAUUUAUUGUACAGAUGAAAUAGAUUAGACUGUGCUGUGUGUUCAGAGUGCAAUAGCACAUAGAUAUAUGAGCAUCAUGAGCAUAGUGUAGUGAACACAACAGACUGUGAUCUCUGGCAGAACAUUCAUCAUGCUGUUGUCUAGUUUAUCAUUUAGUGUUGUACAGACACAGAAAUCUGACCUACACACUGAUACUGAGAGCUAAAAAGCUGAAUGUAUAGCAGUGAGAAGCAAAGCAAUACAAUAAGCUAGGUAAUACUGGGCUGCUAGUUUGUUCUGUAAACUGUGUGAUGUGUGUAAAUGAGUGCAGUCAGAAUGAGUUACACCGCCACAUCGGUGAUCAGACUGCUGCAGAAUCAGUGACAGUGUGAGCUAACCAACUUAUGCUAGGAACAAAGAUUAGCUCUUGUUGAAAGUGAGAGGUUUUGUUCUUUUACCUUGUGCUCAGACACUGUGACAGUCACAUUAAUGAGCAAAGAAACUCCAAUAUUUUAUCCACAGUGAAAAUCCACCAUGUAUAAUAGGGAUCCUCCAUUUUUUCCAGCCGAUACCGACUACUGUUUUUUGUUAUCGUGAUCAGCCGAUACCGAUCCCGAACUUAAGCUUUAUAUAACUAUGUAACCUAUUUUAGUUUAUGAACUUAACCUAUUUUUUAAGUAGUGCCACAUAUGUUGAUUGUAUUGUUUAUAUUAUUUACAGUAAUUAGUGAGAUUGCAUAAGCAAUCGCACUCGUUAUCGUCACUAUUUAUUAUUAUUAUUCCGGUUCCUGGGCGCGCUACUAGUCCUAAACGGUAAUAACUAAAAAUAUGGUUCCAGUGCUAAAAUGUUCAUCAUGUGUUUCUUAAGUGUGCUAUUACUUUUCAUGCUGAUAAGUAUUGUAGUUUAUUUUAUAUUAAUUUUAAAUGCAUUUGUUACGGACUUCACUUCCUGGUUUCCGCACGGGCAUUUAAGGAGAUCGCGCACAGUUCGGUUUUUCUCGGAGAUUUUUUCUCGGUUUUUGUCGUAAACAAGCAUGUAAAACAUUACCAGUCCUAACGGUAAUCGCUAGAAACAUGGUUCCAACGCUAAAAUGCUGCUUAAGUGUGCUAUUACUUUUCAUGCUGAUAAGUAUUAUAGUUUAUUUUAGAUGGAUUGUUAAAUGUGUUUUUCACGAACUUCGGAGCGCUACUGUGUGUGUGUGUGUGUGUGUGUGUGUGUGUGUGUGUGUGUGUGUGUGUGUGUGACGUCUGCAGUUUAGCGUAUUUGUUAGAGUGCCCACUUCCCAUGCUAUAAGAAUUUAACUCGCAAACAACCGUCGCUUGCUUCUGGCACUUUGGUAGAGCGCCCGCCUCCCAUACAGGAGACCCGCUCGGGGUUGUAUUUAUGUAUUAUUUCAGAAUUUCUUGCAAUAGAUUAAGCAACAUAUUCACAAUCACACUCACAUUUUCUUCUGGAAAUGCAACAUUCUAGUUAUAUAUAUUAUUGUUCUAACAGAGAAUCAAAUAAAUAAGCUAAAUAUAAAUAAAGUAGUUUUUUGCUACUCAAAAAGUGUAAUUAUAACCGUUGUCCAGUAUAUGACAGUGAUAAAUAAUGAUAAUAAAAUAAAUAAAAAAAAUAAAAAAACAAGAUCGGCCAAGUUUAAUGACUACCAAUUGAGUUAUUGAAUGUGAUUAUUGGCUGAUGCUGAUCUGUUACCAGUCGUUUAGGGCAUCACUAAUGUAUGACGGUUAAACAUAAACAUCAGUGACAGACUGUAGAGAUCUGAGACACAGAACAAAAAUCCACCAGCAUGACCUCAGAGUCGUUAUUCAAUAGACAUAUUAACACACAGACACACAAUUAUAGCUGAACAUUUUUGAAAGCACAGAGUGAAGAUUGUUUAUCAGCUGUUCUGACUGUAAAUCAUAAGUUUUUCUCAUUGUAUUUUAUCUAACAUUACAUUUCUCUCUGUUGUUUUUCAUGAUCCCUCUCCCAGGGGUAAGUAAAUAACUCGACUUCACACUAAUGGUAAAGGCUGAUAUUUUAUAAACUUAUCACAUAUAUUACAUUUUAAUCCAGGAAUCAAACAGAACCAUAAAAAGCAUUUUCAGAUCAUGUUUACGUGAAGGAGUCUGAUCAGUAAGUGAGAUUCCACUUCCAUCAGUCAGCCUCUUUCCCACAAUGCACCUGUGUGUAACCUCACUGCAGUGCAAUAAUGUAGACAGAGACGUUUACCAUGUCGAGUAACAGACACAACAAACACACAGUAUAUAACACACACCACUGACAGACUCCAUCACAAGGGUGGGUAAUUAAUUUCCCUUAGGGGUCACAUGAGGAACUGGGACUGUUGUUGAGGGCUGAACCAAUAGACUGAACUCAAUGUUGCUCAAUAUAAUUUUUUUAUGUAAAAAAAAAUAGCGUUAUAAAUAGCAGUAAAUGUUAUGGUUGUGAUUAGCAGCUACUGGUUAGACUACAUGUUACAAUAAGGCUAUGAAAAUAUGGAGUAGGUCAAAUAUAGAAAUAAAAAAAUUGUACAAAAUUCAUAAUAAGACUUAAUUAAAAAGUAGACAAUUACAUCUCUGUUUCAUUUUAUUUUUAAUGUAACACUUUUUAACUUAAAAAUGUGUAUGUUGUAUGUUAAAGGUCAACAAUUAAUUUAAAGGGAAAAAAGUACUUGUGAUAUUUUUCAGUUCUUGAGCUUGAACAAGUGAACUGUAGUCUGGUGGAAUGAUGUGGAUAUGAGAAUAUAAAAUGUAUAAAUGUCAAAAUUCCACUUUCUGUUCAGGAUUCAUUUCAGUCACUUUAUCCGGCAUCCGCGUCAAAAGUCCAACAUUUUCCCCUCAGAUUUGAACUGAUAUAAAAGGCUUAUAAGGAACCGGCGUGUUGCAGAACCAUUUUCAGCGAUUUUUAUAGAUUUUCUUUAAAAAAACUUAUUGUUGGAGAUAAAACAUGAAAUCUGGAAGUCUUAUGUAUUUCUCACUUUCAUUCCAUUUCUGCUAUUAUUCUUUAUGUAUGACUGCAUGCAGUUAAGAUAUACCUAUAUAACUGAUGCUGAAUGAAAUACACAAUUUGUUUUUAAUUUAUUUUCUGUGAUAUUUUGAUAUUUUUGUAAUGUGCAUAGCAAUAAAAUAACAAACAACAAGAGUUAAGCACACACCCAACACUAUUAAAGUUGCAUUGUUUUAACAUGUAAAUAUCUCAUCACCUUUACAUUGCAGAACAUCUUCACCUUACUAACCUUAGAUCUUUACUGUUACCUUCAGAACAAUAAACAGAACUACUCUUUAGACUCUUAAUCUAUAAUAAUACAAAGAUAUAAUAUUUAAAGUUGAAACAAUGGUUUCAUUCGUAAUAAAGUGGUCAAAAGUGUCAAAGUGUACUGGGUCACGUACAUAGACUCACAGCAGCUGCUAAUUUUUACAUUUUUUUAGUGUUAUUUUUUAGACAUAAUGCAAUACAUUUAACAAUAUAGCUACAUUUAAUAAUUAUCGCUGAAUAACAAACAUGGCAGAAUCUCCAGUGUCACUUGAUGCGAAGGAAAAUGCGUGAAAUUGAUCUUUGAACUUGUGUGUGAUCAACAUUUCUCCAUUAAAAUGCACAGAAUUUCAUCUUUUUAAAAAGGAAAGUUUGCAGUUUUUAAUGAUAUAUGUCACUUAUUUAAACUCUGAAUGGUUUUUGAUAUAUUUGAAGUCAACGUUGAAUAAUUAUACUGAAAGUUUAUUUUUGGCGUAGGAAGAAGCGACAAACAGCAUUCGAAGCUUAUUCUUUUCUCUGAUUGCUCUGAAUAAUUUAGAUUUGCAUAAAUCAACAAACAGUUUGCACAUUUUGAAUGGAAAAUACGCAACCCUUCAAAACCACAUCUGUGAACAAGCCGGUUACUUCAUCUGUAAAAAAGCAGAGCUCAGCACAUUUAUCAAAUUAUAUUUUUGGCUGUGAAUAAUUUAUUGAAUCACGACCCUCACCAUUUGAAAGAUAAUUCUAUUAGCUUUUUAAACAUGUAUGUCUGAGAACAUUUUAUUUUAUGUACUUUCUGAAAGAAGCAAUUCAUUUACACAACCUAUGGGAAUUCUGGCCUAUUCCAAUAGCCUUAUCAGUUGAUCUGUGAUUGAUUUCACGUGGGCCGGACAGAGACAACCAAAGGGCCAGAUAUGACCCAGGGCAGUAAAAUGCCCAGCUCUGCUUCUUCAGAAUCUUACAUAAUAAACAAAAAUCACAGCUUUAACAGUUUUCAGUGCUUGUAGACAGAAUAAUUGUCAUCAGUCUCUCUGUGUAACAAUCACACCAUAUUCUGAAAAAGCAUUGAAGAGUCGACUCAGCCUAGCGUUUAGUCUCUUUAAGCUAACAGUAGUAAGGCGUGUUAAUGCACACAGAAUAAAGACAACCUGACUGAACUGAGAACAGAAGUCCUUCACUUCAUUUCUAAAACUUCCUUCAUAGGAGAGAGGGAUUUGGGAGUGAAAGAGAGAAAAACAUAACAAGAUCACGCAUCUUCCCAAAUCUACUGCGACAUAUCACAUGCUGUCGUAACCAAUAUAUAGAUGAAGCAGCAGAAAACACAUCAUUCUGUAAUCUGUGCAGUUUUUACAUUGAUAAAUGUCUGUGUUUUUAAUUAAAGGAAGUGGGAAUCUGAUAUUCUGUAUAUUCCUUUAUCUACUACAAUAAAACAUAGAUAUAUUACAGAAUAUUUCACUAUAUAUUUAAAAUACACAGGGGGAAAUACACAAAUACUGACAUACUGUAUAUUGGUAAAGACAUGCAUAGAUCAGAAAAUAGUAUUUUCCAAUAAAUCACAAGAUAUUUCUCUUCCUUAAGGGUAACUAGCGGUAUAUUAGCACAAUGCUACAUGGUACAGAUUUACUGUGUGUGAUGACUGAUUGUUGUCUAGUUUUCCUCUUUUUUAUUAAGACACACAUCAGCUGUGUUUUAACCAGAGUAACAGUUACUUUCACAUUUUCACAUGGAACAAUUCACAUUUGUAAUCAUGCAUAAAAUCUUCACACUGUUUUAUUUACUUUCACAGGAUGAUGAGGACGACGUCUGGGUUUAUCAGAGUGACAGAGAAUGGACAGAAGAUGAGAGAAAGAAAAUGGAGGAAUCUGCUCUACUGACUGAACUGGAGGGGACUAGAAGACAAUUAGAGAAUAAAGAAACACAGCUGAAGAACACAGAUAAAGAGCUGGAAACCAGUAAAAAUCAACUGGAGACACUGGGACAGGAACUUCAGGACAAGCAGAGACAACUACAGGAGAUGAUGAUUGUAGUGGAGCAACAGAAAACUGAUUUAGCAGAAAAAACAAAAACACUGCAGAUGAAAGAUGAGACACUGGAAGAGAAGGAGACACUGCUCAAACAGACAAGAGCUGAACUGGACAAAACAAUGAAGGAUUUAGAAGACAGUCAGAGACACAUGCAGGAGAGAGAAAGAGCUCUACAGGAGAGAGAAAGAGCUCUACAGGAGAGAGAUCAACAACUGAAACUGAAAGACACACAGAUACAGAAGAUACAAAUACAAGUGGAGGAAAUGGAGAACAGACUUGUGGAGAAGGAUGAAGAAAUAAAUAAGAAAAAUGAAGAGCUGAAGAUUCUCAAAGAAAGUUUAGAGACUAAUGAGAAGACUCUUUCUGAGAGAGAUGCAGUGUUAAUGGAAACAAAUAAACAACUUAAAAAUGCCACUGAACAGAUGAAGGAGAAAAUCUCAGAACUGGAGAAUCUGAACAAACUGCUGAGGGAGAAAGAAACACAGCUGAAGAACACAGAUAAAGAACUGGAAACCAGUACAAAUCAACUGGAGACACUGGGACAGGAACUGCAGGACAAGCAGAGACAACUACAGGAGAUGAUGAUCGUAGUGGAGCAACAGAAAACUGAUUUAACAGAAGAAAACAAAGAGCUUGUAGAGAAAGAGAGUCUUCUAACUGAGAGAGAGACACAGCUAAUGGAAAGAGACAAACAGCUUCAGGAGAAAGACAGACUUCUGACAGAAAAUACAAAAACACUGCAGAUGAAAGAUGAGACACUGGAAGAGAAGGAGACACUGCUCAAACAGACAAGAGCUGAACUGGACACAACAAUGAAGGAUUUAGAAGACAGUCAGAGACACAUGGAGGAGAAAAACACACAACUAGAGAAUCUGAACAAACUGCUGACAGAAAAUACACAAACACUUCAGAAGAAGGACAAGAAACUGGAGGAGAAGGAGAAACAGCUCAGAGAGAUAGACAAAGAAUUAAUAGAAACAAAUAUAACAUUAGAAAAGAAUCAAACACAGUUGAAAGACAAAGAGAGACAACUGGAGAGUGUGGUGAAAGAACUGGAAACCAGUAAAAACAAACUAAUAGAAAGAGAUGAACAGCUUCAGGAGAAAGACAGACUUCUGACAGAAAAUACACAAAGACUGCAGAUGAAAGAUGAGACACUGGAAGAGAAGGAGACACUGCUCAAACAGACAAGAGCUGAACUGGACAAAACAAUGAAGGAAUUAGAAGACAGUCAGAGACACAUGGAGGAGAAAAACACACAACUAGAGAAUCUGAACAAACUGCUGAGGGAGAAAGAAACACAGCUGAAGAACACAGAUAAAGAGCUGGAAACCAGUACAAAUCAACUGGAGACACUGGGACAGGAACUGCAGGACAAGCAGAGACAACUACAGGAGAUGAUGAUCGUAGUGGAGCGACAGAAAACUGAGUUAACAGAAAAAAACAAAGAGCUUGUAGAGAAAGAGAGUCUUCUAACUGAGAGAGAGACACAGCUAAUGGAAAGAGACAAACAGCUUCAGGAGAAAGACAGACUUCUGACAGAAAAUACAAAAACACUGCAGAUGAAAGAUGAGACACUGGAAGAGAAGGAGACACUGCUCAAACAGACAAGAGCUGAACUGGACAAAACAAUGAAGGAUUUAGAAGACAGUCAGAGACACAUGGAGGAGAAAAACACACAACUAGAGAAUCUGAACAAACUGCUGACAGAAAAUACACAAACACUUCAGAAGAAGGACAAGAAACUGGAGGAGAAGGAGAAACAGCUCAGAGAGAUAGACAAAGAAUUAAUAGAAACAAAUAUAACAUUAGAAAAGAAUCAAACACAGUUGAAAGACAAAGAGAGACAACUGGAGAGUGUGGUGAAAGAACUGGAAACCAGUAAAAACAAACUAAUAGAAAGAGAUGAACAGCUUCAGGAGAAAGACAGACUUCUAACAGAAAAUACACAAACACUGCAGGAGAAGGACAACAAACUGGAGGAGAAGGAGAAACAGCUCAGAGAGAUAGAAGAAGAAUUGAGAGAAACAAAGGUGAUGUUAGAAAAGAAUCAGACACAGUUGAAGGACACAGAGAGACAACUGGAGACACUGGGACAGGAGUGGCAGGACAAUCAGAGACAACUACAGGAGAUGAUGAUCGUAGUGGAGCGACAGAAAACUGAGUUAACAGAAAAAAACAAAGAGCUUGAAGAGAAAGAGAGUCUUCUAACUGAGAGAGAGACACAGCUAAUGGAAAGAGACAAACAGCUUCAGGAGAAAGACAGACUUCUGACAGAAAAUACAAAAACACUGCAGAUGAAAGACGAGACACUGGAAGAGACGGAGAAAGAGCUCAGAGAGAUAGAAGAAGAAUUGAGAAAAACAAAUAUGAUGUUAGAAAAGAAUCAGAUACAUUUGAAGGACAAAGAGAGACAACUGGAGAGUGUGGUGAAAGAACUGGAAACUGUUGAAAUCUUUUGGAAAAUUGUACUCCUUUUCAUAAAUCUAAUUCUAAUCUACUUUUAUCAUUAAAUCAAAAGAUCACUUUAAUUCUUAAAUUUACUCAAUGAAAUCUAAUCCAUAACCCAGAGUUAAUAUUAAUCUUUACUUAUUUUGAUUUAUAUAUUUUAAUCUCACUUCUCUUAAUCUGUGCUUAGACAAUAUAAUUUUGAGUUAUCAGCUAUGGCAAAAGUAAACCAUAUAAUGAGAAGUAGCUUAAAAUAGUAUAUAUAAUGACCACAUCUAAUGUCCAUUCGAUACAGUCGAGAAAGGAAAGCAGGUCAGAAAGGUCGGUCAGCAUGGCCUGCAUAUAUGUCCUCGCUAACUAGAGAGCUAGGAACAGAGUGUGCCUUGAGCAUAGGAUAGAAGAAGAAUAUGUUGGCCCAUAAGGUGGCUGUGUAUAAAAAAAAGAACCAUUCUAGUGGCUGAUAAUAGCUAAAACAAGUGAGGAAAACGCCAAAUUUAUCUUACAUAUGCGCUUACAUAUG